CACACCACAGUUAAAGAGGCCAUCACAUUACAACGACAUUUAUUUUGUCAGGUCAUUGACAGUAAGCAUGGAAUUUUUGCAGUAGCAAAAUCUUUCAGUGCACCGUCAAUACCCAUCCAUGUUCAAAAAAAGAUCUGGGGUGUGAAUGACAAAGUUAUGUGUGAACUAGACCAAUGUAAUGCUAGUGCGGAUUUUGCACAAAGGAGUGGCCUGAAACCAUUUGAGUGCUGCCAUCUCAUGUCCUUAGCUUUCUGUCCCAAAGAUGAUGGCAAUGCUGUUAAUCUCAAAGAGGAAACCCUAAAUGAGAUGGUGAAAGAAAAAUGGUUUGGAGAAAGUAGGAGAGAUGCAUGCAUCGAAAGGCAGUGCUUGGCAAACAAAGAUGAUGUGCCACUUUCUGUAGCGAUCACAUUUGCUGGGCCCUCAACAAAAAAAUACAUAUCAGUGUAUGAGCCAAAAAUGUCUUAUUACUGCAGACUUGGAAGAGUGACUGUUGUAUAUGACAGUAAGAAGAUCACAUGGGCCUGUCCAUGUAAUAAAACAAAACAGUCAUGUAUUCACAAAGCAAUAGCUAAAUGGCAUUUGUUUCAAAGUCAGAGAGCUCUCUUCCAGAAGGUGAAGACCACCGAAAGGAUUGAUUCCAUGCAGAUACCUCAGCAGCAGUCUGAGAAUGUGGGUGACUGUAGUGAUCAUCAGUACCCACCUAAUGAUGAUGGAAUAGAGAGGAUAGUGCGCUAUUUGAUGAAAAAUAAAUCUCUGCCUGUGGACCUUCCUCAAAAUUUGGUUAGUGGUCUACAACAUGGAAGUGAAUUUAGACACCAACUAAUUCCUGAAGAAACAUUCUGCUCUGAAUGUGAGGGUAAUCAUGUUCUAAGCGAGCCAAUUAUUAUAACCUCACGAGCAAAGAUUCUGACCUUUACUGGGGUAGUUGAAGGAAUUUCAACUUACUACAAAGUAUGUAGCAACUGCAGCAUGAUGUACAGGUACCAGGAAUUCACUGAUGGUAUCCAUAACUUCAAUGACCACCUUCUGCUUUCUCUUCACUUGUGUGUAAUUCUUCGCAAUGCUCUUCAGAAUCACACUGCUGUCAGCAGAGUAAUGAGCAUACUUGAAGCCACUGCUAAAGCAAAAUUCCCCAGCAAAGACACAGUGCUCCAUGCUUACCUCCACUUUGAAGCCUUGAGCAGCCAUGUUUAUUCUUACACCUGCAUCAAUUGUGGAUAUUACCCCAGAGUGGUGAUUAUGGAUCUCCACAAGAAAGGUGUCUUCAGUAUUCCUUUCAGUGAAAUAGCCACAUCACCAUCAGAUUUCAAGGGUGAUACAAACAUUGUCUCUUUUUGGGAAUCCGUAACGAUGGAGAUGAUUGGUCGGGGAUUUCUUUCAAGUGGCAGGAAAAAUCCCUUUGUAGUUUGCCCAAGUUAUGAUUGUUGGGCUCCUUGGAUUGGACCUAACACCCGAAAGUCAGACAUUGUUCUAAACACUGAGCAUGCAAAACUACAAAAAACAAAGUCCUGUGAUGUUCCAGAUCUUGACGUCACAGAGGAAAGGUUAGGUGAUGAGCUCUUUAAUCUUAAGGUUGAUGCAGUGAGGAAGCUGUGCAAAGAAUGUGGAUUGGACACAAAGGGAUCAAGGAUGGAUCUUGUGUUACGUUUGCGAACAGAGAUGCAAAACCGUUCUGCGUACGACAAAAUCUUCCAGCAGAUUUGGGGUGCUUCUGGUGGCUGGGCAGUCAUUACAUGUCCAUGUGGAAUAGUGUAUUCCAUCAAAUUCAACAUAAGAGCAGAGUCUCCCAGAGACUUUGCAGACUUGCUGCUGAGUUGGAAGCACUUUCCUAAUGUGGUAAUAUACGACUUUGCUAGAGGACUUGCAGCACACGUUAAUCUACGGGAAGCAGAUUCUCUACCUUUCAGUCCCCAUGAAGGGAGACUUGCUGAACCAACUACAGCAAAUAUCCAGCUAGCAAAGGAAGCCAAGCUCAAAGUUAAUCUACCAUGGUUGAAAAAUAAGGAGGAGGAGGAUAUCAACUGCCAUCCUUUGACAGGAUCAUCAGAGCAUUAUGCUCUGUAUGACAGAUUUCAUGAAUUUAACACCAAAGACCCAAGAGAUGCUCUUAGGAGAAUCCAAGUAGUCCCAGAACUCUGUGGAUGGGUAAAUACUCAAACCGCAGAGCAACUUUUUGGUUCAAUGCGCAAGAACAAUUAUUUCUUGAACAUGCUCACGCCAUCUGGACACACAUUUUUGAUGCGCAGCAUCAUUCACCAUUAUAACACAGCACAGAAUAAGAACAUGGAGGACAGCCUAAGAAAAAUUGUAUCACCAAGUGAUCAGUUAACCUUCAAUGGUUAUGGUCAGAUAGUACUUGGUACACCUCCACAGUCCCUAAAUGAUAGUGAAAGACGCACCUGUGAUAUUACACAAAUAGACCAAGUACACUGCCCCAGCCAAGGUUCAGUGAUUGACAUGACAGCCCUACGAAAUGUGCAGCCAAACAGGGCAUGCUGGAUGCAUCCACAAAGCAGUGACCAAAUAAAGAUGGUAUGUUCAAUUUUUUGCAUUUUUUAUGCAAAGUGUAUAAUCAUACUUACACUUUUUUUUUUCGUUUUUCUACGUAAAAAAUGCUUUAAAUGAAAAGGAAUCACGACAACAAUUUUUGGCUCAAGUAGGAGCAACAAUUCUGAACAGAUCAGAUUUUUUUACCUUGGGACAUCCAAAUGAUGUUGAAGGGACUGUGAGUAUUAUCACAUGCAAUAUCAUGCUUUUGUUUUGUGAUAAGUGAAUAUUAAAUUUGGUUUCUCUCAAAUUAUUACAAAUUUUAAAUGCCUGCCUUUCAAUGAUCAGAGAUAUUGCUGAUUUAAAGAACAUAAAGGUCCAUUGUUUUGCUCGUAUGUGACAGUGACAUGGUUGCCACCAUUGUGUGCAGACCCUUCAGCUAACUUACCUAGUACUUGCACAGCAACUACAUCCUGGGCUGUGGAAAGAGUAUGGACGUGAUGAUCUCAACGGUGCUCCAAGGCAGAAUUGGUCAAAUAAUUGUGGAGUGUUUGUGUUGAUGUACACACUCUAUGUUGUAAUGGGAGGCGUCUUUGAUUUUUCUGAGUCUGACAUGGCUGCAGUAAGGAGAUGGUGGUGCUUGCUCCUGCUAACAAAUUAUCCUGUGAAACCAGAUGCUGAAAGAAAGCUACUCAGAAAAAGGCGCAAAGAAAUGAAAACAGGAGAAUUGGAAAAGGAAGCAGAAGCUGAUUACUAAGUAAGAUGCCACCUGAGAUCCUGAGACAUAUCCUCUUGAAUGUGGUCAAAGAAGAUGGAGAUGUGGCCUUCUUCAGACUGUCUCUGACGUGCUGGCUUUUCCAUGAUGUUGUUUGUGACGCAUCAUUCAGAAAAGACGCUCAUUUAGCCUGGCUUGACAUGCAUACUCCAGUGACUACAAGGAGAUGUACAGAGUGCCAUAUAAAGUGACCAGUUGCCUUUGCUGUGGGGACUUAUUUAAAGACUUCCCC